AUGUUCAACGAGACUCACGAUACAUCACCAGUAUCUCGGACCCUCACUCUGCGGACAUGGGGAUCCGAAGAGCCCACAAACUCUGAAAAGACAAAGGCCAGUGCCUUAGCCGGCGCCACAGCCGGAAUGAUAGGGGGCCUGAUUCGCGGGCCCCGAAAUAUCAUCCCCGGCGCCAUCGUCUGGUCCAUAUUUGGCGGCAGUGGCCAGGCCAUCGUCAACGCCUUUCACGACAGAGAGGCUGCUUCGCCCGCCCAGGACAAGCAGGAAAGGCCGAGCAUUCUCUCGUCCAAAUGGAGCCCGCUCAAGAAGCUCACCGACGACGAGUAUCGACAUGUGAUGGGCGAGAAGAUGCUCAGGCUGGACGCCGAAAUCGCACUCAUCGACGAGAAGAUUGCCGGGUUGCGUGUACGUGCGGCCAAGGACGCGCGGGUGCAGGCGCAGGCGCAGGCGCAGGCGCAGGCGCAGGCGCAGGCGCAGGCGCAGGAAUUACUGGGACAGAUCCCAACAAGUGCUGCCAGAGUGCAGCUUCCCACCAGACAAGGUACAAUCAAUGUCGAAGACAACAGGAAACCAACCUACGAACCGAACCCCCCGACCUCGACCUCGACCUGCACCAACCCGCCCGACAAUCCCUCGAACUCUGUUGACGACCAUGACACGCCCUGGCAUCUAACGGCGGAGUGUCUGGAGGAUAUCAAGCAUGGUGUCCUCGGGAAGCUGAUCAUCACCAUCAGCCCCGGCCCUCCCGUGAGGAUGCUGCACAGCGGCAUGGCAUUGCUCAACCCGACAUUCAUCUUCGGAGUCCUCGUCCUCAUCUACCUGUCCUCCUUUGUCCUAUUCGCUCUCCUUCGAAUUGUCACUGGCAUCUCCAUCCAACGCAUCGGCUACUUCUCCCUGCGCCGACUCGCAUACACACCAAAGGAUGGCUUCAAGAUUGAGAUACGCGGCCUGGGCCUCAACGUCCACCGACCCACAUUCUCCCAGCCCACCUGGCUGAGCAUCGUCAUCAAUGAGCUUGUAGUCACUGUCGACGUGCGCCAGCUCGACGGCAAGCGGCCGGACGACGAUGAUACAUCGGGGGAGGACAACAAGAACACCGACAGCCGGUCCGACAAAUCCAGUGAAGGGCCAGAGCAAAGUGCUAGAGGCCACCUCAAGAUCCCCCAGCUGCGCCGCAACGGAGUCCCCAACGCCAGGAGCGAGACGUGGAAGCAUUUGACCAAGCUCAAGGAGAAGGUUAAGCGCGUGCAUAGGCAGCUCAAGUGGCUCCGCAUGGUCGACGUCGUUGCCACCAACUCCACCGUCAACAUCGUCGACGUGGGGAAUAUACAAUGUGGAAGCUUUACCCUCGCCGUCGAUACCCGCCGGAAGAUGGUCGACCGAGCUCGCUUCUUCUUCCAGUUCCGAACCGACAGGCAAAAGAAGCAGCAGCAGAAGCAAAAGCAACAGGCCGAAUGGAUUGUCACUUUACGGAGCGUUCUGUUCACUGCAGAGGGAAACGAGCCCCUGGAAGUUCUGGACCAUGCCACCCUUAAUAUUCACGGGUUUCUGUAUGGCGAGCCGGACGGUUUGCGAGACGCUUCCAUCGCCCUGAAGCUAAACCGAAUUCACAUCCCCUACGACGACGUUCGCCUUUGCGCUCAACGAUUCAAGCGGUGCCGAUCUCCCUCGCACGUCUUGUCCGGCUUAGACGACGACUCUCCGGCUUAUGCAGAAAACAGGACGGACCCUCGAGCCCCCCCCGAUCCUGGCGUAACUACCGAGGACGACAUCAUCAUGCAGGCCGUGUCGGAUUCCAAAGAGUUCAUCAGCUCCAUCCUGAGAGGCAUAAAGGAAGUACAGUUUGCCGUCAGCUUCGUCGGUCUUACCAAGAAGGUCGAGUCGGUCAAACCGCGCGCUCAGCCCAUUGUCCUGAAUGCCUCCAUGAAGGAGGUCGGUAUCGAUUUGCACCGCCUCGAUCCCAAGUCACCCGCCCAUCGCAUGUAUUUCCCUUCCAAGGACAUCGCCCACGAGGCCCUCGCUGCCGCCCUGUCCAUCUCUGUUGGUCUGGACGAUGGCGACGGUAAACCAGAGCGGCUUCUCUACAUCCCCAUGACCACCACUACCGUAAAAACAACCCUACCCUCCAAGACGGUCGAGCUGGCCAACGACGUGGACGUUGGUUCACAAGACAAGAACACCAAUAUCCUCUUCGCCAAUUCCGUCAUCACCUCCCCUUCUGUCGAUCUCGACCCGCGCCACCUACCUCUCUUGGUCGCCAUGCUCCGAUCGAAGCCCAAGGCGCAUAAGAUCUCCCGCCGACCUGGCCAGGGCCACCUACUCAUCUCCAGGCUGCUACCCAAGGCCAAUAUCAAACUCACCAUGCACGAGCCUGUCAUGAGGAUCGCGCUUCCCCCGGUAGACAGAGCCGCUGCGCCGGACGACUACGACCUGAUCAUCUCGUCCAUUUCCUCCAUCUCCCUAGACGUCGAGUCGUCUCAUUCAGCGCUCCAAGACCUACACUACUCCCUGGCCUCCGCCAUGCGCCUUCAAUCGCAUCACCUCUACUAUCAGACAUCCGAUGGCGGCCGGUUUGAUUUGGUCGACACGGAGACUUUCGACGUCAAAGUCCAGCUGAGCGCCGCACCAGAUGUCCACGUUGUCGCAUCGGGCAACGUCGAGACCUUUGCCAUCAAGAUGGUGCGCUCAGAAAUCAUCGACGGGCUCAGUCAGAUUAUUCGACAGUUGAGACCGGACGUCGAACCAGAUAAGAAACGCCAUGCCUUCCGGGCGAUGCCAACGGCGCCCGGGGGGCAUCGGAACCUUAUCCGCGCCAUGCCGUCUUGGCUUUUGCAGUUCCAAGUGCAAGCAUCCGAUGUGAGCGUCGAGUUUGCGGGGGUAGACCAAGACAUAUCCGACGAGACCCGCGGCGUCUCCCUUCAAAUCGACGCCUUCUCGUCGGAAUAUAGAGCCCAACGGCUAGAAGGCCUACAGGGGCGACCCUCUCGCAGACGGACGAAUAGCCGCUCGAUCGCCCCGGAUGCCGACCUGCUCAGGGCCCCUCUGUCGCCCCGCAGGAAGCAACAGAACACUGGCGACGGCAGGAGGUUGGCCGUCCACGUUCGCGGCUUGGAGGCCUACAUCAUCGAAGCCGCGGAUCGCAUUGAACCCGAGCCGUUCGUCAACGUACCUCGCUUCGAAGUCGCCUUUUCGGCGCUGAGCGACCAGCAGGGUCCCGUCUUCCAUAUCCACGCCGGUAUCCGGACGAUCAAGCUCCAGUACUCGCUAUACCGGCAUUACGCCGUCUGGGUCGCCACCAUGGUUCUACGCAAGGCAUUCACGAGGACCGGCAAGGGAACCACUCCUUCUGCUGCCGGGCCGCCGUCGGCCCUCUCAAGGAGAGACUCCGAUGCCCACCUGAUGGUACCGCCAGGUUCGCCAUACGUCGACCCGGGGGACUUUUCGGUCCUGGCCAGGACGUCGUCGGAACUGAUCACUGUCGACGUGAAGGCCUCGAUGAUACAAAUCAGAGCCGAUCUGCCCCACGAUCCCGCCAUGCUUCUCCAGGUCUAUGGGCUCAAGGCUGGCCGCCACCGCUGGGCUGCGCCCUUCUUCUCCUCCAAGCAGAUUCUCUUGUGCGUACAGCCACCGAGGAUGAGGGGCGUCUGGGCCAGGAUGCUAGGCGUCAGGGGCGCCCGCGUCGACUACCGCGUAUCACGGCGGAAGACGUCUGGAGGUCUUCAGGACGAUAACAUGGUCGACUUUACCUCCGAGUCUGUACGGUUUGCCGUACCUCACGAGGUCAUCCUCAACAAGGUCUCCGACAAUCUCGUCAACGUGUUCAAGUCGGUCCAACAGCUGCAUCACCGAUUCAAGACGGGCACGAACGAGUACAUCCUCGAGAAGCUGCCGGAGGGGCCCAAGAUGGUGCCCAAGAUAUCCAUCCGCACCAAGGUUCUCUUAUUCGAGUUGGAGGACGGGGCGUUUGAGUGGAAGCUCGGGAUCAUCUACCGAGCAGGCCGGAUUGAGCAGAUGCAGCGGCUGGCCCGGGAAGAGGCGUUCGAGAUCAAGCGGAAGAAGGUCCGAGAAGAAGAGGCGUCUCGCAAGGAGUCUCACAAGCAUCGUGCCCGGUCUCUUUUCCACAGAACACGCGCAAAGCAGGGGACAUCGGGGGCGAGAAGCCAGAGCGCCGACGGGGGAGCGAGCCGCGCCGGCGGAGAUGACGAUCAUCUGCGAGGCAGAACGCCGCGAUAUGACCCCGAGGGCGGAUGCCAUGGGCUCACCGGCCAUGCCAAGGUCGCAGAGCAAGAGGCUCGGGCGCGACUCGACAUGUACAACGCGACGAGCUGGAAGAAGCGGAUCGACAGUCACUACGCCAUCAGCAAGGACGGAACGAAAGAGGCCCGCGGUCACUUCUGCGGAUCCGACCAGUUGUCCCCAGACGAUAUGGAAGAAGCGGAAAGGAUUCUGGAGGUGCCCCAGCGACCGGCGCUUAUGGCUGCCAUCAUCCACAGCUUCCACUUCCUCGUCGACAAGCCGACCUUCCCCAUGAGAGACCUGCCCGGGUUCAUCCACGGGGUCGGAAAGGGCAUGCCGAAGGACAUGAAAUACAGUCUCCUCGUGCCCAUGCACGUGAGCAUGGACAUGGGCGAGACCAGAGUCUCGCUUCGCGACUACCCUCUGCCUCUCAUCCACAUCCCCGGCCUCAAGCCGGGCCAGUCGCAGAGGCUGUCGUCCAUGUCCCUGCGGUCCAACUUCGUCAUCGCCGAGGAGUACCGAGGCACGCAGUCCACGCGACGGGUCAAGGUCGACAUCAUCCCGCCUCAGAGUCGUCUGGGUCUCGAUGCGGAUUCGGGCAGGGGAGAAGGCUUUGCCAUCGAUGUUCGCCGCACGAUAGGCCCCAUCAAGUCGUAUUCCGACAUUCGCAUCGAGAUCAACACGGCCCUGCCGACCAGGCUUACGUGGGGCGGGCCUUGUUACCAGCCGGCCAUACAGGACAUGAUGAUGGUCAUCGAGUCGUUCACGAAGCCGCAAAUGGAUCCCUCCGAACGAGUCGGCUUCUGGGAUAAGAUCCGGCUCAACUUCCACUCCCGGAUACGCGUGGCCUGGAAGAACGACGGCGAUCUGCACCUGGCCCUGAAAGGGUCGCGCGACCCUUACUGUGUGACGGGCAACGGCGCGGGCUUCAUCAUGUGCUGGCGCAACGACGUCCGCUGGAACAUCAACACCGAAGACGACCCGAAGCGCUUCAUGACUGUCGAAUCCGCAGAGUACGUGCUGGCCAUUCCCGAUUACGGGUAUCAGGCCCGCGAGGCGAAGCGCCUGGACGGAUGCGACGACAGCCUGCGUGCCGAGGAGAUCUACAGACACGGCGUCUCGUUCCAGAAGGUCAUCAUGAAGUUGUCCGGCAAGGUGCAGUGGAUGACAGGUCUCGUCUUCGAGCGCGCCAUCGAAGGGGGCAAGAGGAGCUUCGAGUUCAAGCCGCAUUACGACGUGGUUCUGCGAGCCCCUCAACACGCGGAGCCGUCCUCGGAUGGGCUGCCGUAUGACGCUUUCCGCGGGUUCCGGAGUCAUCACAUCCAUCUCUCCAUCGACGUCCGGGCACCCGUCGACCGCGACUGGAUGGCGUCCAACCCGAAGCCCUCUCGGAGUUAUAACGCCGUCCAUUGCACGCCGCGUUUCUUCACGCACUUCUUCGCCUGGUGGGCUCUGUUCGGCGGGCCCAUGUCGCUCCCGAUCCGACAGGGCUCCUUGUGGCCUGGUCGGGAGAGGAACAGCAAGAAGUUCGGCAAACACCUCGCGACCAUCAAGUACAACCUCUUGUUCGCCCCGCUCUUCCUGAGCCACAUCUAUAAGCACAAAGACAUGGAGGAUUAUCCGGAGGACGCAGUCUCGGCGACGGGACUCAAGGUCCGCUUCGACAGCUUCAAGCUGGAUGUCCACCAGAGGCGCGAAGAGUUCAACACGAGGGUGCAUAACCGCAAGACGCAGAGCAGGACGAGCAGUAUCAAGAUCCACGCGGCGCAGCUGGAUCUGGCUGCGGCCGACGUCCGCGCCGUCUCGGCUAGUAUUCAUGGCACGACGGAGGAGGCGAUCCGAAAACGAACCAUUGCGGACUUGACGACCGCCCAAGCGGAGCCCGCUGAUCUCUCGCGCUUCACCAUCCCGGACAACGACCUCACGUGGAUCGACAUGGACGACUUUGUCGAGUUGGGCUGGAUCCUGCCGGCCGAGUCCAACCCGGACACCAAGAUCCUGCCGCUGGCCUACGCCCCUCGGCUGACGUAUUUCCGCCAAACCGACAUUGGCGGCGCCAUCUCCGGGGAUCCUGACCGGACGAGUCCCUUCGGUCAAGAGCCCACGCACUUCUGCAUGAUGAGCCAGGACGACGACCCGCGGAAGGUGCAGGAAGAGCUGGUCAGGGAGCGUCUAGCACAGCUCGAGGUGCAGAUCGAAAACCACGGGCGGAACGUGGGCGAGGCCGAACUCCGCGUGGUGCGCGACGACGGGAAGGACCCGGAUAGCAUGGCCGAUUUCGAGGCGCUGAGGCGGCACACGGGCGUGCUCAGGGACAAGAAGGCGUUUCUCGAGAGCAUGGCGCAGCAGUUGUCCAACAGGUCUCCGUCGAGCAGCCAGGUCCUGAAGCCCAAGUCCGGGUCCGGGCCGGGGUCGAAGCGUGAAGAAGGCGUACCGGACACGUCGAUCGACCUGGAUCAGGAGUCGAUGACGAUUCCGUCCGGGGCCGAGUUCGAAAGCGACGCGCAGAAUCGGUUCGUGAUUCACAACUUGCAUUUCAAGUGGAACAACCUGUUGCGGAACGUCGUCCUCCGAUACACGCACCAGGUCAGCCAGCGUCGCGGGUUCAUCUACUACCUCUCGCGGCCGGCGGUCAAGUUCAUACUCGACAUUGUCGAGGAGCAGUACAAGGCGAAAUUCAACAACCUCAACAAGCCCAACGCCGGCGGGCCUGCGGGCGCCGGAGCGACGCCGCCUCCGGGGAAGGCGACGGAUCGCGAUAUGGAGGCCGACAUUGAAGAGAAGAUUAGGAGAAUUCUUCAAGACGGGCGGCGGUUUGUCAAUGCGGACCAGGAUGACGCUUCGGGGACUAACAACAACAACAACAAAGACGGCGACGAGGGCAAUAACAAUAAGAAUACUAACAAGAAUACUACCGCCAACAACGUGGCCAUGGAGGAUUUGAUGGGCGGCAUCUCCAACGAGUUCCGGCCCCAGAGCAGCUACCAUGUUAGGAUCAUCGCGCCGCAGAUCCAGCUCCAGAGCGACAAGAAUAAGAAGAACGUGGUGCUCGUGACGGCGAAGGGGAUGGAGCUCAAAGUGGUGGAGGUCAUGGACAAGGAGAGGCUAUCGGAUGCGGUCAGCGGGCUGGUGCAGCGACGGUUCCUCGUCACGAUGGACAGCACGCAGUUCUUCGUGACGCAUCAGAAGUGGUUCUCGACCAACCUGGUGUCCAUGUACGCCGGUAGCCAGUACGGCACGCCGGCGACGUCGUCCUGGCCGCCGUGGGUGCCGAUGGAGGUCAUGUUCGAUUUCCGGACGGAUCCGUUCGGGUUCAAGCGCGUGGUGCAGAAGACGUCGGCGAUGCUCAGGUACGACAAGUACAACACGCUGCGCCUCAAGUACAACGACGAGGUCAACACGGAGGACGCGAACGGGAACGCGUCUUCGUCGCAGCCGAGCGCCGAGCGCAGGGUCGACAACCUCUGGGUCGAGUUCCCCCAGGCCAGGGCGCUCUGCAACUCGUCCCAGUACUACGCCAUGUACGUGAUCGUGCUGGACCUCCUCAUGUACAGCGAGCCGUUGGAGAAGACGCGGACCGAGAGGCUGGAGAAGAUCAUGCUGGCUUCGGACUUUAGCGACCUGAGCGGCGCGCCGGAGAUGGUGGAGAAGCUGCAGGAGCGGAUCAGGCAGCUGGAGGACAUCAAGACGCACUUCCAGGUGUACUCCAAGUACCUGGACGAGAGGGGCUGGGAAGACCGGCUGCUGCUGGAGCGCGACCUGGCGGCGUGCGAGGACGAGCUGUUCUUCAUGAUGAAGGCCAUCACGACGUCGCAGCGCAGGUACGACACCAACAACACGAACGCCCCAAGCGGCGGCGGCGGCAGCAGUAGCAGUACCAGCAGCAGCAGCAGCGCCCUGUUGAGGUGGAGCAUCACGGCCAAGGAGAUCGUCUGGCACCUCCUCCGAGACACCAACGAGCCGCUCGUCGAGCUCCAGCUCAAGGACGUCGAGUAUGACCGGACCGACCAUUCCGACGGGUCGCACAGCAACUUGAUCCGGGUCGGUAAGGUGCUCGGGCUGAAUCUCUUACCGAACGCCAUUUAUCCCGAGAUGGUGGCGCCUUAUGUCGACGUGGAGCAACAGCAACAGCAGCAGCAGCAGCAGCAGCAGACUCGCGGCGCGUCGCUGAAGAACGGGACCAAUGGGAACGGCAAUAAUAACAACAACAACAACAACAACAACAACAACAACUGCGAGAUGAUCCGCGUGUAUUGGAACAUGCUGGAGGCGAUUGCGGGCAUCCCGGUCAUGGACCACUUCGAGGUCAACCUCUUCCCGAUGAAGAUCCAGCUGGAGCAUGAGGUCGGGAAACGGCUUUUCGAGUAUAUCUUCCCCGACGUGGAAGGGGAGAAGGCGCCGCAGGAGAGGAAUGAUUCUCCCUUUAUGGUCAAGCACAGCUACGUGGGAGAAGACGAAGACGACGGGGACGAGUCGACGGGCUAUCUCACGCCACAGCACAUGUCGGACAAGGACGGUUUCAACACGCGGGCGGGGUCCCUGGAACUGCGGCUGCGACCUACGUUGGCGUCGGACACGGCGACGAGACCGAAGCCGAUCUCCAAGAAGACGGCGCACGGGAUUCACGUCGGAGAGGGACACGGGUUCCGUCUCUUCCGGGCCGGGGCGACGGCAACGGGUAAGAUGAUGGCGAAGAAGGCGUCGUACGAUUCCCUCCGAAGCACGGACAACAACCCUAAAACGGGCGUCAGCCGCGCGUCGACGGGCAUGUCGCUGAAGGACGGCGGCGGCGGCAACAACAACAACGCGGAGAGGAAGAGCCGGUUCCGGCGCUGGGGCGAGAAGGACGACGAGCCGUCGGACGACCUGACCAAGAUGAUGGCGCGGGCGAGCAGCUACAUGUCGUUCGCGUACGUCCGGAUGCCGUCGGUGGUGCUGUGCCUGAGCUACAAGGGCAAGGACAGUCGCAACUUCGAGGACGUGCACGACUUUGUGUUCCGGCUGCCAUCGCUCGAGUGGCGCAACAAGACGUGGUCCAACCUCGACCUGGCGCUCGCGCUCAAGAAGGCCGUCAUCAAGGCGCUCAUCUCGCACACGGGCGCCAUUAUCGGGAACAAGUUCAAGCUACGGCCCAACACGGCGCAGGCGAGCAAGCUGCGCGAGCUGGCGAACAGUUCUAGUCUUAUCGUACCGACGGUGUCAUCCAACCACACGUCUCUGCAGCAGCAGCAGCAGCAGAAUCAGAAUCUGCUACAGCUGCGGCAGCAAGAUCACCACUACGCCGAGAGCAUGGACUCGGACGACUCGUCCAGCUUCCUCGACUUUUCGCGGUCCCCUCCGCGCUCGCGCCAGAGCAGCGUCCAAAGCAUGGGCACCAGCACCGGCACCGGCACCGUCUCGGCCUCGGCCCCGGCGCUGGUACGCCCCAACAGCAGCCGGAGUUCCAGCGCCGCGAGCUCCCACCGGUCCUUAUCCUACCGCAAUGUGAGCGGCGGGCCCGCCCCGCUCCCGACCCAGCUGAACACAACCGUGCCGCCUUCCCUCACCAUGACGGCGCCGUCGCCGCGCUAUGAGCCCCGGGACUCGGAGACUGCGUUUCCCUACCCCUACCCCUACCCCUACCCUCCGCCGCCGCGGCCCAUGACGAGCGGGAGUCUGUCGCCUUAUGGUAGCGGCGGCGGCGGGUCGUCGUCGACGUCGACGCAGCAGCGCCGGCUGGGGACGACGACGAGAAUCUCGGCGCGGCAGGAGUUUGAGAGGCGGCGGUCGGCGGGUGGGGGGUUCUUGAGGGAUAAGCUCAAUGCGCUGACGAGUCGGAUGCGGGAGGGGAAUAGUAGUAGUAGUGCCAGUGGUCUUGCGCAGAAGGAGGAGGAGGGAGGAGGUGAGGAACAACAACAGGUCGGCUCGGAGAGCGGGGUGGGGAGGAAGCUUGGUUGGGCGGGCCGGACGAAGACGGGGUGA